CUCGGAAUAAGAAGUGACUCGGUCUGCGGUUCAGUCGGUCUCAGGUUGGGGAUCGAGGCACUUCCUUCGUAGAGCAACUCCUCAGCGGUGCCCACACAAGCUAUCAAAAUUUUCAAGACUCGAGGAAAUGUGAUGGGCGCAGCCAAGGCCCCCCGAGCCCUUGCCAUGUCCCCGUCAGCACUCUGCCUGAUCUUCUUCUGCCUGCUGACCCAGGUCAGAGGCCACGGAAGACUGAUCGAGCCACCUUCGCGUGCUUCCAUGUGGAGGUACGGAUUCUCGGAUUCCCCAACCAAUUACAACGACCAUGAACUCUACUGUGGAGGAUUUACUAAGCAGUGGGCUACGAAUGGAGGCAAGUGCGGCAUUUGUGGAGAUGCGUGGGACAUGCCCACUCCGCGUCCCCACGAGCAAGGAGGAAUAUACGGCCAGGGGGUGAUUGUGCGCCGUUACAACCCUGGCUCCAACAUCACGGUCAGGGUCGAACUGACGGCCAACCAUCAGGGCUUCUUUGAGUUCAGACUCUGUCCUAAGAACCAACCUUCAAAAACCGAAGUCACGCAGGAUUGUCUAGACAAGUAUGUGCUGAACCAGGUGGGAAACAAGGGACCCCGAUUCUUCCCCGGCUCUCUGGGAAACAGAGUAAUUGAGAUGAGAUACAUGCUUCCACAAGGAGUAGAGUGCCCUCAGUGUGUCUUCCAGUGGCGUUACAUUGCUGGCAACAAUUGGGGCAUUUGUGAAAACGGGACGGAAGCAGUGGGCUGUGGCAACCAGGAGGAAUUCCGCUCUUGCGCCGACGUAGCCAUUGGCGGCCGUCUGAUCGUGUCGACCACUACGGCCAGACCCACAAGAAGACCAACCACGUCGAGCACCUCGGAAGGAACGGUGCUGAAGCCAGAGGAGGGUGGCGUGGAGGCGGGCGACUCCGAGGAGGGAGGCGCCACUUGGUGGAUGACAUUUCUUAUUGUGCUGGGCUCACUCGUUUGCGUCGUUUCUGCUUUCGGUCUUAUUUACUGGUACUAUUACCACGCUCGAGAUAGCCUCAAGCACCUGCUGAAGGGGCGGCAGGCGGACUCGACUACCACCGACAGCAGCACCCUGUCGCGCCAUGUGCCACCCCCGCCGCCCACGCAUCCACCCCCAGUGCCUCCCAGGAGGAACAAGAAGCCUUACAACGAGAGCGGACUCGUUUGACUGUGACAGAGACUGAAUGAGAUUUGGUUUUCAAGAUCUUUUCCUCCUGACGAUCAUUUCCAAAAUUUUUCAAUUGCGAGAGGAAUGAAUGAAUUUAUAAGAAGUGUGUUUUGUAGAGAAAAUGUUAGGAUUAUUAUUAUAUAGAAAACAAAUUGUAAUUAAUAGUGAAUAAAAAAUUUAAGUUAUUUCUCAACAUUGUAAAAUGUGAU